GCAGCGGCUGCCACACAGCAGAUGGAGGCGGCGGCGCGUUGCGGCCGCUGUGUGGCGGAACCGGCCCCUCCUCCCAGCGGGCGGCGCCAUUUUACCCCCCCCUCGCAGCGUGUGAGCCUCAGCACCGGAGUUGCGGCCACUGUGGUGGCGGCGGCGGGGUCCGGGGAGGGGGAAAGAGAGCUAGAGGCCUCCGCUUUCCGUCCCCCUCGUUUCUUGCCUCGGUCCAAGCAGCGCGUGGAGGGGAAGGGACGAGGUUCAGUUCCUGCCCCUCUCUUCCCCCUUUUCGAUAGCCGCACACGGGGUGGGGGAAACUGGGCACCACCAAGCCAGGCUGCUCCCUCCUUCCUUCCUUCCUUCCUGCCUUCUUCCCUCCGCUGCACAUCUCAGCCUCCUCAUCCAUCAGUCCCCAGGGGUGAGCCUUUGAAUGAGCAGCACUGUGGCUAGCCCGAUGUCAGCACUUGCCUCUUCAAGCAGUGGGAGAAAAUCUACAAGCUUUACGCCUGAGUUGCAGAGUAUGAUGUUUUCCUUGGGAGAUGCUCGCAGGCCGCUCCAUGAAACUGCAGUACUGGUUGAAGAUAUUGUCCACACUCAGCUGAUAAAUUUGUUGCAGCAAGCAGCUGAAGUUUCUCAGUUGAGAGGAGCGAGAGUCAUCUCUGCUGAAGAUCUCCUGUUCUUGAUGCGCAAAGAUAAGAAGAAGCUUAGAAGGCUACUUAAAUACAUGUUUUUUCGAGACUAUAAAUCUAAAAUUGUCAAAGGAAUAGAAGAAGAUGACCUCCUUGAAGACAAAUUCAACAGCAGUAACACCAACAAACGGCAGAAGCUUGCUCAAGACUUCCUCAACUCCAUUGACCAGACUGGAGAGCUCUUAGCUAUGUUUGAGGACGAUGAGAUUGAUGAUGUCAAGCAAGAGCGGAUGGAGAGAGCAGAAAGACAAACACGAAUGAUGGACUCGGUCCAGUAUGCAGAAUUCUGUGAGAGUCGGCAAUUGAGUUUUUCAAAGAAAGCAUCCAAGUUUCGUGACUGGUUGGACUGUAGCAGUAUGGAAAUAAAGCCAAAUGCAGUUGCAAUGGAAAUUUUGGCAUAUUUAGCAUAUGAGACUGUGGCACAGUUGGUGGACUUGGCCCUUCUGGUUAAGCAGGACAUGGCUCCCAAAGCUGGUGACCCGUUCAGUCAUGCCAUAUCUGCCACUUUCAUACAGUAUCACAAUUCUGCUGAGCCACAUCUCUUAGGGCAAUCUACAAGUGUGAAGACAAGUCUUGACUCUCCUGAAAACACACCACCUCCUACACCCACACCCCCAGCAUCAGCAGGACAGCAAUACCUUGGAAAAACCCCAUCAGGAGCCCUGGGAAAUGGUGGAAUUGGACAGGACUCUACCAAAUCCAAACAAAGGAAAAGAAAAAAGAGCACUGCAGCCUGUGGUAUAGAGGCUCAAAGCGAUGCCAUCCAGCCCAGCCACAUCAGAGAGGCCAUUCGACGCUAUGGCCACAAGAUUGGCCCCCUUUCCCCAUUCACAAGUGCCUACCGCAGAAAUGGGAUGACUUUUCUCGCCUGCUAAUAUGAAUGUGGCUGCAGCAACAGGAAAGACAGUGUUAUAUUAAGGUGAUUUUCUUUUCCCGUCCAUGGAAGGAGAAAAAAUACAAGCUCCGAUGUCUCCGUGCACCAGUGAGUGGGCUGGUUUGUUGUGACUAUCUGCUGGCUGACUGUCUCUUUUUCCAGCCCCCUCAAUCGUUAUUCUUGUUUACUAGCUGGAACAUUUAGCUAAUUAAUGGCAGGAUGUUUGGGAUAGGGUGUAGGUGGACAAGAAUGCAGAUCAGACAAUGCUGAAGUUUGCAGGGGACUAACUGCUGUCAGCCUCUUUCUGAAAUGCAAUGUCAUUUUUAUUUAAGUCUUUGGAAGUCUGUAUGUUCUCCUAGAGAUAUAUAUUUUUUUUUAAAAGCAGGAUGAGGCAGAAAGAGGCCAGAGAUAGACUGGGUUAUAUGAGUUUUUCAAGGUUAUUAAAAGGUCAUGUGUGUUUUCCUGAUGAUCUUUACUGAAAGCAAAACUGUUUUCCACAAUUUUCCACUAUUUUCACUAUUCCUCCCAACUAAUUUUUAACUGUUCAGAUAGGGUAAUCCAGUUUAAUCCAAUGAGGAGCUUUUUUUAUGAGAGUAAUAGCUAGUUCAGAUCCAAAGAUACUCAGAGAAAAAGUUCAGAUUAACUGUACUUUACCAGUUAGAGACUUUUUUUCAGAUCCAAGGAUAGUCUAAAUCAGCCCCAAAUUCUAGGUAUUUAAGUCUCCUAAGGCUCGAGCCAUCAGUGUCUGAAAUCAAGGAGAGCCUUUGCAGUGAUUUGGCACUGGAUUGGACCCCUAUUCAUAAAAAUGCAUCCUAAAGUACUUGAAUAGCUGUGUCUGUCUCAGUGGUUGUAGGCAAAGGCUUAACGCUAUGUACUUGCUCAGCAUUUGCUGCAGGAAGCAGAUGUUGUCUCUGUUAUUGACAAAGACAGCAUUACUGUUGGGUUUGGUUAAAGAAGAAAUGGGCCUUUUGCCUUUUUUAUAUUUUCGUUCACGUUGUUUGUUUUCAGAUUUAUUUUUUAAAUCUCAGUCCCUCCUUCUAUGUUUCUUCCCCAUCCGCUGCUCCUCCAGCCUUUGCUGGCCUCAAAAGCACAUUCAUUUCUUCCCAUAAAAACUGUACAAAUAUAGAGCUAACCACAAUGAUGCUUGACCAGAGAAAAGGGCUUCAGCCCAUCAUCAAGAUAUACAAGCAUGGACUGCUUGUAUCCCUGUGGUACCCCUUGGGCCCAGGGGUCUGCUCCAGCCACUCUAAGCCAGCCUUGAAAUCUAACUUAAACCCCAAAUUAAUACAGAGUGCUCAAGAUAUCAUGAGGAGAUGAUAGCAAAAUAUCACUUGCAUAUAGUUCAGCCAUCCUCCUCUUUUAUGCUUAGUAUGUGAGGUCUUAAUUUUUACUCGCACUGUAUGCUCUUGUUGUCCUUUUAAGUGAUUUUGUUUCUCUGCUUUUCUGGACCUGCUUACAAAAACUUUAAAAAUACGUAUGUAUUUUAAAUAAACAGAAAAAUGCCUCUUCUCUUUACAACCAAAAUAUUGUGAAAGUGAGCUUUACACAUCAAAUAUUACUGCCAUUCAUAAAUUGCUUUUUUGUUUUACCUGCUUACGCUUCUAUUUUCUGGAAUCAAUUUGUGUGUAAAGGACUAAAAGUAAUGUGUACAAUGCAGUGUAUUAAAUGAGGGAGGGAAGUUUUCUGAUGUUUCAUCUGUACUUCUUGAAAUGUAUGAUUAAACUUUUCUUUUUAUCAUCA